AUGGCCCAAUAUCUAUGGGGUGUUGCUCAACUUGUGAAUGAUCCUUCAAGUGAUUUGAUAAACAUUGUUCGCCAAAGUUUUGUAAGCAAUAAUGCAAAACCCAAUCCAACUGAUGAAUCGCAAGGAAAUAAGGAAUUACCUAAAGUUGCAGAGAGUAAAGAGGUGAAUCAUAGAGUAACAUUUCUUUCAGGCUGUGUUCCUCAAACAUCAUGCGCCAGGAAUGAUAAAAAUAAGCAAUUUUCAUCCAAAUACGUUCAAGUAGGGCAACCAAUUUGUAAAUGUCAUGAAGCUUCAGUACAAAGUCACAAAUCCUGGUCUAUACACGUUAGUAAAACCACAAGUACACAUGUGACUCGCUUAAGUCGGAGUACAAACACAUAUGAACCGACGCCUAAGAAAGAUGCAUGUACUGAAUCUAUGAAACAAAGAAUUUGUCAAAAUCAUCGCGACGUGUUCAACAUUCUUAAAGAUUGGCCCAGAAUAAAUUUAGACCGUAAUAAUAAUGGUAAAAAAUUUACUGUACGUUUAAAAAAUAGCAUAUCGAAGAUUAUAAAUUAUUUUAAAAUCGAUAAAAUUCAAAAUUUUCCAGAAUAUCAUGGGCCAGAAACCAACCAUUUAUUAUUAUACAAGGAAGUUAGUUGUGUUAAAUUAGAA